GUUUGAAACUUCCUUUUAUUGCACUUGUACGCCCAUCUGUCUAGUGCUGUCUACGGUGUCAUGCAGUAACAUAACAUGACCGAGGCCUCAUCAGACCUGUCAGAGAAAAAAGGCACAGAUCUCAGCAGACUGCAGUAAAAGCCUUAAUUACAACCUCUCAGUGCAACAUCAAGGCCUUCCCUUCCAAGAUGGCUUCCUGUCCUUCCAACCAGAAGCUGAAUAUCACCAGUUACCCAUUAAACCAAACAGCCAAGUUGACUUCUUUGAAUGUUUUCACAAUUUCCCUCCAUGGCCUGUUCUCUACCAUUGGCAUCAUGGAAAACCUGCUCAUCAUCGGAGUGGUGGGCUUCCACGUCCGCCGUUCUGUCAUCAGCAUCUGGAUCCUAAACCUCGCGGCCUCUGACCUGCUGGCCACCGCUUCCCUGCCCUUCUUCACCCUCUACAUGGCCAAAGGCAACACGUGGACACUGGGUACGACCUUCUGCCGCAUCCACUCUUCCGUCUUCUUUCUCAAUAUGUUUGUCAGUGGCUUCCUGCUGGCAGCCAUUUCCAUGGACCGCUGCCUGGUGGUGCUGAAACCUGUCUGGGCCCAGAACUACAGGAACAUCCAACUAGUGGGGAAGAUAUGUGUGGUGAUUUGGGGCUUGGCUGUGAUCUGCACUAUCCCCUUCUACAUGUUCCGUGACACCAUCCCCCUUCCAACCGGCCACAUUCUUUGCUACUACAAUUAUGCUCGAUUCCCCCCAAGUGGACCGUAUGACUUAGCAUCUUUAUGUAAGCAGCGCAAGGAGGGCUUGGCGUUCAUGAAGCUUUUUCUAGCCUUCCUGAUCCCUCUCCUGAUCAUCAUCCUCAGUUAUGCUGCCGUGAACACCAUCUUGGCACGCAGGGGCUGCCGGCGACCCUUCCGAUUCGUUCGGCUUGUAGUCGCCAUCGUGGUGACCUUUGUGCUCUGCUGGGCUCCGUACCACUUUUUCAUCAUCGCAGAAGCGAUGGCCCCCAAAAAGGGACAUCUACAGGUAUUUUCAGCCAAGGCCCUCCCAAUUGCAGCAACCAUCGGCUUCCUUAACAGCGUCCUCAACCCCAUUCUGUAUGUGUUCAGCUGCCCUGACCUGUGCAACAAGAUCAGACACUCUCUCGGUGCAGUGAUGGAGAGCGUCCUGGCUGAGGAUCUGGCUGAGCUGGCUCGGCGUUGUAGCACCGCUCGCAGCUCCAUCAGCACCUCUGAGAUGGGGCUGAGACAUAAGAAUUCCGUUCCAACGCUGAAAACGGAGGAGCAAGAGUAGAACGAAAGUCUCAGUAACUGAGGAGGGAAGAGGGCUGUGAAUUACUUCAGCUUUACCAGGUCUUCAUAGGAAAAUGCCCUUAUUUCCAAUAUCUGUCCUCUGAUAUUUUAGCAAAAAGCUCCCAUAUUUUCAGAUCUGCUUCCGUAGACAUUAACUUUAAAACUGAAAAUUGAUCCUGCUUUUUGCUGUUUCAGUCACUUUUCCUUCCCUAAUUUUUUUGUGUCAUAUUUGCCUUUUUUUUUUGGAGUUAAUUCAUUUUAAACUACUAGCAGUAAAACAGUGAAAUUCCUGAAACUGAAAGCCACCUAGCAGCUGAGUUGCCAUAAUCCCUUUUACGUAGCCUUUAAUUUAGAAAUAUUUGUAAGAUGCAUUCCAUUUUAUUAAGAAUUUUCUGAAGGUUGCAUAAUAGAAUCCACCUGGCUUUGUUUCACUGAUGGAAGUGCCAAUGUGGAACUGUUGUUUAUGUAAAUUCAUCAUGCAGUCUGCAAGCAUACUACAGGGUGCUCCACUUCUUGUCAGUUUUGUUUAUACUUGGCCCUUUAUUAGCACCAGUGGUUUAUUUGUGCAGUCCAUCCUCUCAGUUAAUAACCAUUUCUUUUAAAAAAAAAUGCUUUUAUUCACAAAUUUAUAUUACUUUAAACAACUUAUUGUUUGCUUGGUAUAUUUGACUGAUAUGACUGCAGCAUGAACUGUUAUAUUUCCAAGAGCAUUAUUUACAGUCUGCAGGUCAUAGCAUUGUUUUUUUUUUUAACUUAUUAUUGCAUAAAAAUAGCCUCUAACCUCCUGCCAGUUUGCAAAAGUGGCCCCCAGCAAAGAAAGUUGAGUAUCCCUGCUAUGCGCUGUCAUACAGUAUAUGCUGAGCACAUUUACCAGGGUUGUGCUAUGGAAGAACAAACAGCAUUCUGUAUGAUUUUUUAUUGUUAUUUCAACUUAUGCAUAUGCAGCUUUUGUAGAGAUUUUAAUCUUGAGGUUGCAGAUGCAAGGGGCGUCUCUCAGUAGAUGCUAUCAGUACCUGUUGGUGCUGGCACAAGCAGAUUUUUGAGCUGCGAUUUUAACAUAUUUACAGCUUACAAUGGAUGUCUUGACAUGUGUAUUGUUCCUCUGCUGUGUCAUUCACUCAUACAAUGUUUUUUUAACAAUGUGAAAUUGUACAUCUAAAUUUUAAUUAAAAGAAAGUAAGGCGUU